AUGUCCAACCACACGAAGACGCCAGUUCACCUCCAUCCCCUCUCCUCUGAAGAUACUGGCACCACCAGCAGCGGACGAAGUCGACGCACACCUCGGAGUUUGGACACCGAACCCGGGAAACCUACGAAUAAUUACUUCACUUUGAAAACGCAACUGGAGCAGGAGAAUGCUGGUGACAAGGCUGGCUGGGAUGGCAGCGUGCGAGGAUAUGGAAAGCGGUCGAAGAGGACAUCGCUGGAUGCCAGCUCUGUUGGUAAGCGAUCGUCGACCUCCCUGGCGGCUAUGUGGGACAAGUCUUCCGCCCCUUCGUUCGCCGUGGGCGCUUUCGAGGACCCAGAAGACGACAACGAUACUCUGGAAGGUUUACUGCACGUCCAAUCGGUUCCAUUGGAGUCUCAAAUCCUCAAUACAAGGUGGCACCAGUAUCCGGACAGUGCCAUACACGCUGCAAUAUCGGAUAUCAACUCUAAUUCAAACGAAGGAGAUCCAUAUCAUACGACUAUACGCGUCCUUUCAUCAGCCGUUUCGAAAUUGACGGAGGUUCGAAGGGAUCUGGAGACGGCGAAACGCGUUCUUGAAGAGAAGGAGGUCGCACGACGAUAUAGGACUGAUGAACUGGUCAGGGAACUGCAACCGUCUGAACGGGAGAUCGCGCGACGCGUCAUUCAGUCUAUAUUCACUGACGACGAUGAAGUGCGACAUCACGUUCGACGUCAGGCAAGCUCUGUAGUAAGUGAAAUCGUGAAUCAACCCUCGAGACUAACUGAUGGUACCAAGUCAUUGAAGAAUACAUUGUCCGAAGCCUUGGAGGACGAUUAUCAUUUCCAGGCCACCGACGCCGUCACGCCUGUUCCCACCUCACCGGCACCCGUCUCUAACGACGUGUCGCCCCCUGAAGAGGAGCCCGACAUCGCCAGUCUUCUCACUCCGGGUACUACGCCUUCUGAACCAGCUUCCGAACCCGAGGUCCCAACCAUUGUACCGAACAGACCGGGUAGACCUGAUCGCCCAGGCAUCGGAGAUUGGAUGGGUACCUGGUGGGCGAAAGGCAAACCACGGAACGACAAGACCAAGGAAGCAUCUGCCACAUCUGGGGUGCGUAGUAACAACCGUCGCAAAUCCGCGAAGAGCGUCUUCGGGACGAUCGGUAUUUCCAUCCUCAACCCCGUGAACGUCCCCAGCAAUGGGAAGAAGUCGAAGGAACCUGAGGUCCCUCCUCUCCCUAAGCCAGACGUGCCCGUUCCAUCUGAUGUCGCCUCUGAAGUUGAAUCCAAGAUGUCGAGCGGAUCCGUCAUUUCGUCACCUGUCCACACCACCUUCGCGUUACCAGCUGCACCCCAACUGACUACUAUGUUAGAAGACCCCAUGUUUUCUGCUCUUCCUCCCCCAAGCACAGAGGCCAGCACCGAACUUCCAGGACCUCUUGUGCAAGGUUCUUCGCUACGCGCGAUAGCGAACGCAACUCGUGUCAUGACUUCAGACGCUGCUAGCAUCCUUGCCGAUCAAGGUCGCGAAACGGGCCCCUUAAUCGCACGACUAGCCUUCGAGUUAGUCCAGAACGCCCGUGACGGAGGUGUUGUCUUCAGGGAUAAGCCGAAGGAGAAGAAGGAGAAGGGUAAAGUGGAGAGGGCGGAUACGUUCGACUCGCCCGUAGCAACUCUCAGCUCUGCACACGGUGCUGAUGUCGCUUUGAGCCUAAGCAAGGCGCUUGCGAGUGCACCGGCUGAACGCGGCAAAUCGAGGAGCAGCUCGCUUCUCCCUGUGUCUCCUCCGUUCGCUUCUCCAUUGUUUGGUUCGUUCAUGCCUCAACCUUCGCGGAAACCACUGGCUAGCGGGACUCGAACGAAUGGUCCCAGCCAAGGCCCUUCUAUAAGCAAUGGCAAACCCGACGUUGGUUCACCGAACGUAGUUUCUACGGCUCCGAAAGCGGCAUCCGUACCAUUGGAAUCCAUCAUCCCUGCCAUGUCCAAACCACCAACGCAAUAUCUUUCUCGUGAAUACACUUCACUCACCUCGCGUGACUUCCAUUUCACUAUCCCUCUCCCUCAAACCGCCUCCAGAUUUAGUGUCUACAACAAUGACCAUACUCAAACCCCUCUUACCGACCGUUACGGGUUCAUGUAUGACGUUUCCCAGUACGACUUGCUCCUUCUCAUUCGCGCUAAGGAAUGUGGAAAUACUGCUCCAGCAUGCUUAACAGGCGUCAAGAUAGCUGAUAGAGAGGAAGACAAUAGUUGGUCUGACAACGAGGAUGAUGAUGUUAAGGACGAGAUUGAUGUUGUCAAGGACAAUUGUACGUGCGAUCUUGACCAUGAUGGGCGGAGUGCGCAUAGCGUCGGUGCUGGUUCACAUGGGUCGCCUGCGGAAGAGUCGAAUGCAACUAGCCUCAAAUCCAGAUCGUCGUCAAAGAGCAGAAAACGCUCGUCCACUGUAGCAUCUUCCGCGCCUCAGUCGUCAACAUACACCUCCCUGUCCUCUAUUCUUUCUAUUACCUCUGAAACGCCAAGACACGCCUGUGCGCACACGAUUAGAAAGCUGCUCGACGAGCUGACUGAGAUACACGAUCAGCAACAAGCAUCGCAGAGGAAGGAGUGGGAUGCUUUUGUCAAGCAACGUAGCAAGAUGAAGAAUCAGGGGAGCAAGUCUCAUGGGAUAACUUCCCCUUCGAUUCCUUCUGGCGCAGCCGCUAUCCUUGGCUUGGGGACUGAUGUUGCAGAGGACGAGUUGGCCCAUACGGAUGGCCUCAUUGGCUUUGCGCAGUUGGGAUUAUCCUCAAAUCGAGAUGAGAGGAGGGGGUUUGACCGGCUCGUCCGAUGCGGUAUACCUCUUGUAUAUCGUUCGAAGGUUUGGUUGGAAUGUAGCGGAGGGUUGGAAAUGAAGGAACCAGGGCUGUUUAGGGAUUACCUCGCCGAAGCUGAGGCUGAGGGCCCCAAAGGCGUGGAUGGGGAUAUCGAGAAAGACGUUGGACGGACGAUGCCGUUGAACGUAUUUUUCGGAGGGGAUGGCGCUGGGGUAGACAAGCUGCGUCGCGUUCUCACUGCUUAUAGCCGCCGCAAUCCCUCCGUAGGCUAUUGUCAAGGCAUGAACCUAGUAGCUUCCACUCUCCUCCUCGUCCAUGCUGACGAGGAAGAGGCAUUUUGGGUCCUUUCAGCGAUCAUUGAGAAGCUGUUACCGCAGGACUUCUUUUCUCCUUCCCUCCUUCCUUCGCGCGCCUGCCCCCUUGUGCUACUUGACUAUGUUCAAGAAUUGGCCCCAAAGUUAUAUUCGCACCUUAAUGAGCUUGGCGUAGAUUUACCGGCAAUAUGCUUCUCUUGGUUCCUCUCUCUUUUCACCGAUUGUCUCCCUGUCGAGACAUUAUUCCGUGUUUGGGACGUAUUCUUGAUGGACGGGCUUGACGUGCUGUUUCGAAUUGCUCUCGCCAUUCUUCGGAACAACGAGCAAGAGCUCCUGCGAUGCGACUCUAUCCCCGCCGUAUACGUGGCAUUGGAGAAUCUGCCAACUCGAAUGUGGGAACCAGACCGCCUACUACAGCUCGAGGUCGACUUGCGCUUAUCCAUCACUCACAACGACUUGGCCGCUAAACGAGAACUUCAUGUCACGACCCUUCAAAUGCUCAUGUCGUAA